GAGCAGGAGAUAUUAGAAUAUUCGUUACUGGAUGUAGGAAAAGUGGAAAGACCAGUAUAAUCAAUUCAUUUGUUCAUGAAUUUUUUCCAAUUAUGGUUUAACUUACGAUCCAACAAUAGAAGAUGUGGAUUUGAAAUUUAUUCGAGUGGAUGAAAAAUCAAUUAGAUUGGAAUUGAAUGAUGAUAUUCAUGGAGAGGAAUUCAGUUCAAUGAAAGAACAGUAUAUGAAAUACAGACAAGCCUUUGUUGUGGUAUCAUCCAUUGACAAUUUCAUUAUGCAAGAAUUGAUUUUUAAUAUCGAGCUGAUUGUGAAAGCAAAGAAUGCAGUGGUGAAUGAUUUCCCAGUCAUGUUUGCACUGAAUAAGAUUGAUUUUUCAAAUUCAGAUCCAACAUAUCGAAAUCAAGUUGAUGAGUAUAAGAAGAAGCUUGGACAAUUAAUCAAAACGUAUGAUCUUUCGAACAGUGAAAUUUUUGAAACGAACGCCACCAGUAAUUCGAGUCUGAGGGCCAUGUUUGAACAAUUGGGAAGAAGACAUUAUCUUGGAUCCUACUCGAUCAGUGAAAUUCUCAAGUUAGUGUUAAAAGACGAUGCAAAAGUAUUACAGGUUUCCAACAAGAAUGAAAAGUGUAGCAUGAUGUAAAAUAGCAUUCAUCUUUUCCAUCUAUCUAAUAGUCAAGAAAAUUGUAAUAUCCCAUGUGUGAUAUACAAGAAGUGGCAUAAUGCAAAUUGAAAUAUUUCGGGUGUCUUUCUAUCAACUCAUCUGCAUCAAUAACAUGAAUAUCAUCAAGUAACAAACAAUAAUAUUAAGGAUUCUUUUCUUCU